GAGGGGUUAAGCAUACUGGUUUUAUCCAUGUAGAAAUGCGAAGCGGAUGUAAAAAGGAUACAUAAUCGAAUCCUUAACGCUCAUUUGCGCUUUGAGGAGUUGACAAGUCUCUUUUUGACAUGCUUUGGUAUCUUCUUCGCCCGCUGCUCUCUCUUCUCCUCCUUGACUUGUUUUUUAUGGUCGCGUUUGGCGUCUUUGUCCUCAAACCGUUUGCCUCGUGGCUGCUUCUUUGCGAAUGGGUCCACCUCAUCCGCAUCACCGGACUGGGAGCCGUUAUCAGACAAAGACACACCCCCAGAGACAUCAGAGUCUUCACCAAGAUCCUCCACCCCCUCAUUUUCAGGCGCUGACUUGUUCGGUCCUGCACCCGAAGCUAGAAGCUCGCGGUAAACCAGUUCAUCACCCUUGCCAGUUCGGAGCUUCUCAACGUCUCUCUCUAUAUCGUAGACCUGCUCCAGUGUCUGAGGGAUAUAUUGCUGCCGGAAGACAGCUGUGUCAAGUUCAUCGUUCUCUUCGCCUUCGGCUUGUUCAGCGUUUUCUUCCUGGCGCUCUGCUCUGGAGGUGAAGAGCUUCUCCAGUACCUCGAUCAUUGGGCCCAGAUCUCCAGAUACAGCACGAGGGCCAUCGACCGAGGUGAUGAAUUCGAAUAAUGUUCGUUCAGGGAGAGUGUAGACUCCCUUCCGGCGGAAGAAGUCGCUGACAUUCUUAAUGUCCAUGCGCAAGAAUUCUAAACUCCUCGGGUGGUCUUGUUCGACACUCUGACUGACAUCGAUAAUGUAGAGCUUGUGGUUGUGGUAUAGAAUAUUAUACUCGCUCAGAUCAGCGUGGACGAGGCGGCAAUCUUGGUACAGGGUUCGCAUAUGUGACGCCAGCUCCAUGUACAGAGAUUUCCACCGGGAAUCUAGGUCCUCAUCUUGGAGCUGUACAUCUUUCAGCCGAGGAGCUGGUAUUCCCUUUGAAUUUCCGAGGAAGCCCAUCACGAGGACGUGAAGUCGAAGGUAUAAUGGUUCAGGGCAAGGAAUGCCAGCAGAGUAGAGGCGUUUGAGGUUUCGCAUCUCCUUUUCUGCCCACACUUUAACCAUAGAGCGGUUAUUGGAUUUAUUAUACCCCUGCUUAAAUCUGUAUUCACCAGUGACAUACUUGUCUCUGUCCUUGAAUACCAAAAUGCUGGUCUUGUAUACCUUGAUAGCUCUAUGAAGGUCUGGACUGUCGUCGUCGGGCUGGGAGAUUGCAUGAUAGACGUUUGCUUCUUUUCCUGUGGAUAGACAGCCAUUGACCUCCGAGACAAUAUUCCUAUUGAUCAUCUGAAGCAAUAUCAUGCGAGUCCGGGGGUCCAACACUUGUUCAGAUGUAGCUCUGUCGCUCUUAUCUGCUCCCCUUCCACCCUUCGAUUUUAGCCCGGACUGCGCAUCAUCCAGUCUGAUUCUUCCAGCAUGCCGUGAUAACGUUGAUAUCUGAUCAUCAACCUUCGCGAACGUAUUGACAGUCGGUUUCUGAGGGUUACUCUUUGGGUAUGAGGAAAGGGGGGCAUUUGCAUCGGCAGCAACCUCGUUUAGCUUCCUUUGCCUAUUAUAGGAUUUUGUGAAGUCAGAUGGGUUUGAAGCACCAAAGUCUAUCUCAUCCAGCUCAUCAUCAAAAAUAUCAUCAUAGAAUUCAUCAUCCUCUAGCUCUUCAACGCCCUCAAGCUC